GAGAGAAUAAUAAAUAUUACACCAAACGCACCGCAGUCGAACACAACGUAUUCACAAAGUGGACGAUAUAGAGAGAGAAAAAGAAACCAAUUUUAUAAUAUUUCAUUUGCAAACUUUUUAUUUUAAUUCAUUGCCAUUAGUUUCAAUUGAUUUUAUUUGUAAAAAUGCAACACAUUUUCUAAUAAUUUCGUAUUUUAAAUUAACACAUUGCUUAAAAACAUUGCCAAAAAGACGCUAGCAGCAAUUAUAGAGUCAGAAAUAAAAUACGAAGAGGAUACACACCGAAAAAUAAGAAGAAGAAAGAAACGCCAAGCAAUUGACACAAACAUAUCAGUCGUAGCAAGUCGUACAAAUUUACUCCAAAAUUUGAUACGACUGUUGUGAUUGAGUGUUCUUUUGCCAAAUCGGACAGACAAUAAAGGGCCCCGCCGAAACACCAAAUCUACAAACAAAAUCUACAGUUGAAUCCAAAGGUUAUCAGGCAAUGGGGGAUUACAGUGAUUUAGAUCGACAAAUUGAACAGCUAAAACGAUGCGAAAUAAUUCGUGAAAGCGAAGUAAAGGCAUUAUGCGCCAAAGCAAGGGAGAUUCUUGUCGAAGAAGGAAACGUUCAACGUGUCGAUUCACCCGUUACGGUGUGUGGAGAUAUCCAUGGGCAAUUUUAUGAUCUCAAGGAAUUGUUUAAGGUUGGCGGCGAUGUUCCCGAAACGAAUUACUUGUUUAUGGGUGAUUUUGUCGAUCGUGGUUAUUACAGUGUAGAAACAUUUUUAUUGCUAUUGGCGCUCAAAGUACGCUAUCCAGAUCGAAUAACAUUAAUCCGUGGCAAUCAUGAAUCGCGACAAAUUACUCAGGUGUAUGGUUUUUAUGAUGAGUGCUUACGCAAAUAUGGUUCAACCGAUGUAUGGCGACAUUGUACAGAAAUUUUUGAUUACUUAAGUUUAUCGGCUAUCAUUGAUGGGAAAAUAUUUUGCGUGCACGGCGGCUUGAGUCCAUCGAUACAGUAUUUAGAUCAAAUUCGAACAAUUGAUCGCAAACAAGAGGUUCCACACGAUGGCCCAAUGUGUGAUCUAUUGUGGAGCGAUCCAGAGGAUACAAUUGGAUGGGGAGUUUCUCCACGCGGUGCUGGAUACUUGUUUGGAUCAGAUGUGGUGACACAGUUCAACAAUGCAAACGACAUUGAUAUGAUUUGUCGGGCGCAUCAAUUGGUUAUGGAAGGAUACAAAUGGCAUUUCAAUGAGACUGUUUUGACCGUGUGGUCAGCACCAAAUUAUUGCUAUAGAUGUGGAAAUGUGGCUGCUAUACUUGAGCUGAACGAUCAUCUGCAUAGAAAUUUCAUAAUAUUUGAGGCUGCACCGCAAGAGAGUCGAGGCAUUCCAUCGAAAAAACCACAAACCGAAUAUUUCUUGUAAAAGAAACAUUUACUACACUUCAUGUAAUUGUCAACCGAUUAGUAAUUUAACCAACCAUAUUGUCAGUGUAUUUUAACCAUUUACGAUUUCGAUUGUGAACUCACGAGAAAAAAAACGUCAGAAAAUACGAAAACCGGAGGAAAAAAAACACACACACUCAAAGCAAAAAAAUAUUAUCAAUUUACAUUCAUUUGUCUCAUGU